CCAGGCCCCCACCCACUCUUGUUGGUUGUAGCUGCUCCCUCCCCCAGAAGGCUGUUGGGCUGAUGACGGCUGCAUGUAGUCCCAAAAACCAAGACAUCCUCUCUACCUUAUUUCACGACCCCAAAAGGAUUGUGUACCGUAUUCAUAUCCUCCUCCUUACAUCCAACAAACAUAAGCUAGCAAGUCCCACGUACCACCCUUCCUUCUUCCUUUGCAUGUCUCUCUACAUAUAUGGUUUUUUUUUCCCUUCUAUUUUUUUUUUUAUAACGUAAACCCACUUUACCAAACGUUUUCUAGUUGCUAAAGAAUCACAGUACAGUAACAGUACAGCAGAACAUGCCUUCUGCAGCUGCUCAACACAGUACCAACGAAUCUUCUCCAGUCUGUCUUUGAUCAGUGAUACCUACAAAAUAUAUUGACGACGUUGGUUGGGGCCACUCUGGCUGAUUGAGUUUUGGAAGACUGUCGAAACCAAUCCAUCCUGGGAGUCCCUCUUCUUGUUUUUCCCAUAUUCACGCUGCUACUCGUCUACUUUGGUUCUUGAUCUGUUUGCAUUUUUUAUGAUUCAUUAGGACUUGUGUGUGUGAAAAUGGAGGUCUAAGAGAACAUUCCGGGCCAUUAUGGGAGAUGGGGCCUUCACGGCUAAUGACUCGGGAACACUUUCUGACAAUGUCCUGGACUUCGAUCUCAUGGAUGAACUCUUGUUUGAUGGUUUCUGGUUAGAAUCUACACGGGAGUCCAACUUUUGGGAGCCUGGUCCGUCUACUACCGGUGCUUUAGAUUCCCCUCUAUACUAUUCCCUUACUCCAGAGAUUAACAUAGCCCAUUUUAAUUCGAACCUAGAUCAGGCAAGCAUUUCAGAAGAAGCAAAAACGACUGAUUUUGUUGACCAUAAGGCUCUCGGUCGUACCCAAAUGGAUGAAUUUGGGACAAGACACCGGGAGAACCUUGACGCUGCUCUUCAUUCUGCAUCUUCAGGGCAACCUGAAGGCUUUUUGGUAGAAGGGAGCGACAUGAACAGAAGAUUAUGGGUUGGACCAACUGGAGAUCCAACUCCAAAUACCUCGGUGAGAAAGAGACUAGUGCAGGCUAUUGAAUACCUGAGGAAAUCCACUUCUGAUAAGGAUGCUCUGAUUCAAAUUUGGGUGCCUGUAACAAGAGGAGGCGGACGUGUUCUUUCAACUAAAAAUCAACCAUUCUCCCUCGAUCCAAAUUGCAGAAGUCUUGCAGAAUACAGACACAUCUCCAGAAACUAUCAAUUUGCCGCUGAGGAGGACUCCAAGGAGCUUGUUGGAUUGCCUGGCCGUGUCUUCUUGAAGAAGUUGCCCGAGUGGACUCCUGAUGUUCGUUUUUUCAAGGGAGAAGAGUAUCCACGUGUUAAUCAUGCCCAGCAGUACAAUGUUAGAGGGUGUCUUGCUCUUCCUGUUUUUCAAAGAGGAAGUGGAACUUGCUUAGGUGUCGUUGAAAUUGUCUCAACAGCUCAGAAAGUUAAUUAUGGCCCUGAACUUGAAAACAUUUGCAAAGCUCUUGAGGCUGUCGAUUUAAGCAGCUCAAUUAUCUCAACUUCUCCCAACAUGAAGGAUUGUGACGAGUCCUACCAACUAGCUUUAGUAGAUAUCCGAUCUGUGUUGAAAUAUGUCUGUGACAUGAAUAAAUUGCCGCUGGCUCAGACUUGGGCCUCUUGUAUCCGGCAAGGCAAAGGCGGGUGCAGGCACUCCGAAGAGAACUAUGUGCGUUGUGUUUCUACCGUUGACUCUGCUUGCUAUGUGCGUGAUCCACAAGUUAUGGACUUCCAUGCAGCUUGCUCCGAGCACCACUUGCUUAAAGCCGAAGGUUUGCCAGGGGGAGCAUUCAUGACAGAUCAACCAUGUUUUGCUACUGAUAUCACAGCCUUCAGCAAGACAGAUUACCCUCUUUCUCACCAUGCCAAAAUAUUUGGAAUGCGUGCUGCUGUAGCGAUACGUGUUCAGAGUAUUUACACUAAAUCUGCUGACUUUGUUUUGGAGUUCUUUCUACCGCUUGAUUGCACAGAUGCUGAGGACCAGAAGCAGAUGUUGAACUCAAUAUUUUCUGCAUUACAACAGAUUUGCCACUGUUUGCAUGUCAUCACAGACCAAAAGGUAAGAGAAGAAACAACCAUUCCUGAUGAUGAAAAGCCAAGCUCUUCUGUCAGUAAAUCAGUAAAAGAGAAGACUUUAGGUUUUGUAUCACCCGCUAAGGAAUUAUCUCUAAGCACUUCCUCCUGGGUUGCACCCGCACUAGACAACUCAGAGACAGUCAAAGAUGUAGCUUUCUCUCUGGAUAAUCACCAGGAGGAUCCAGAAGAAGAGUGCAAGUUGACAACCCAGUGGGACAACAAUAAGGCGGAGCUACAUCAUACGCCUACAUCCCCCAAGCUCAUCCAAAUUCCGCAACGUUCUGGAUUGAAAGGACAUGUUGUAGGUAGUGAAGAUGUUUCUGCAGUUGGGGGUCAUAACUCAAUGGGUGACAGAAGCACAGGUCAAAGAAGAAGGACGAAGACGGAGAAGAGUAUCAGCUUGCAAGAUCUAAGACAGUACUUUUCUGGUAGCCUGAAAGAUGCUGCGAAGAGUAUUGGAGUAUGUCCCACAACAUUAAAAAGAAUAUGCAGACAACACGGAAUCACUAGGUGGCCUUCUCGAAAGAUAAAGAAGGUUGGCCACUCGUUAAGAAAGCUCCAACUUGUGAUCGAUUCAGUCCAGUGUGCCGAGGGCGCUAUUCAACUGAGUUCUUUCUAUACCAACUUCCCUGAACUGAAUUCUGCAAAUUUACCAACUCCAAGUAACUUGUCCAUGUCACAAGGGAGCGAUCAUUUGCAGAAACUGACCACUCAACCUGAGGGUUGCAUCUUAAGCCCUGAAACUACUGCUUCAAAAUCACCUUCUUCUUCUGGUAGUCAUAGCUCCAGUUCAAGUUUUUGUUAUUCCACUGGGCCAAUGCAGUCUAUUCCUGUCCACGCGCCCAGUGCUCAAGAUGCUUCAUCUGCAGAAGAGUGCAGAGCAGCACUGAAGAAAACAUGCAGUGAUGCAGAGUUGCAUGAUUUGGUUAAAAGAGAAGAAACCAAGCUUCUAGGAAGAUCUCAAAGCCAAAAGAUUUUCAUUGAUGAUGUGUCUCCUGAUACUCUGCCUUCCUUCCCACAGACUAGCAGCCAGAUAUUACGGAGUGGAAGCUUGUUUAGGGUAAAAGUAAAUUUCGGGGAAGAAAAGGUCCGGUUUAGUCUACAGCCUCAUUGGGGUUUCGCAGAUUUAUUGAAAGAAGUACGGGGGCGCUUUAGCAUAGACGAUCUCAUUGAGAUUGAUCUUAAAUAUUUGGAUGAUGACAACGAAUGGGUGCUUUUGACAUGUGAUGCUGAUCUUGAAGAAUGUAUAGACAUACACAAAUCCUCUAAAAGCACCGUGAUCAGACUGUCCAUCCACCAGGGCCGUCAUUUUAAUGUUGGAAGCACAUCUGGUAGCCAUGGCUCAUGAUAAAAAUGGAAGCAGUCCAGAGAGCGGUGGCUUGUCAAUUGCUGGACACAGGUUGAACACCACACCGCUGGUGUUUGCUGAUAGCAGAACAGUGAAGUUGCGACCUAUGGUUGCAGACUGAACUCUUGAUUAGGGAUACAUGAGAGGUUGAAAUGCGUUUCAUUGAAAAGAUAUUCUUGCUGGCUGAAAUCUCAAAGCGACCAAUUUUAACGCUUUGCCAAUGUGAGAUCAGCAUAUUUGUGUCGUUAAUCCUUGGCAUUCAACUGAUAUGAGAUGCUGCUACCCUUGUCCCAUCCCCUUGUUACUGCA